AUGGCUUCCAGUGCUUUGAUGAAACCUCAGAUGUGAGGCCCUCUGGCCAAGUGAUUGUGAUUUCAUACUGUUGGAGUGUUUGCUGUAUCCCUGGGGGUUGCAGCUUUCUAUAAGUUUGUUGUGGCUAAACCAAGAAAGAAGGCAUAUGCAGAUUUCUACAGAAAUUAUGAUUCCAUGAAAGAUUUUGAGGAGAUGAAGAAGGCUGGUAUCUUUCAGAGUGCCAAGUGAUUUUGGAAUGUAAAGAAUUUCUUUGGGUUGAGUUCCAUUGAAGUUUGUCACUGACCUGUGUUCCUGAACUAUGAAACAUGAAUAUUGUGUUAUGGAAUAGUUUCUCUUGAUAAAUAAACAACUACCAAAUUAAAAAAAAAAAUUGUAGUUAACAUAUAAUAUGUUUUAUGCAAUCUUAUCCAUAUAUUUACCUUUUUAAAUGCCUGUUUAUUUCUUUGUGCAGAUUCAAAUUACUGUCUGGAAUCAUUUCUUUAUAGCUUGAAUGAUUACCUUUAAUAUUUCUUGUAAGGUAGGUCUUCUAGCAACAAAUUCUUGAGGCCUUUUUCCUGGGAAUGUCUUUAUUUCAUCUUUGUUUUUUCAUUUUGUUUUGUUUUUUAAGAU